GUGUUACUGCUCUAAUACUCCUUGCACAACCGCAGUCCAAAGAAUCCUCCCUCAUUCAAUUCUCAGUUGAGGAGCUGAGGGAACUGCCUCAAAAAAUCUCCACUAGAGGAACAAAGGAGAGACAGAAGAGGCAGAGGAAAGUCACUUUGCCUGAAAGAAUCAUUGUACCUCAGCACGUUAUGACAGACAGAUGUCCAGAGCCCUGGUUGAGGAUCCUGUAUUCCCAGGACGCAGAGGGUCAGAGAAGCCGGCGUAAACACCUGGGUGAUCACGGCAUGGUCCAAGGUAUGGCUGGCACUCCGUGUGAGACACGGCACCAGAAGACUGUACAAGAAAACAAAUCCAGAUUUAGGUAAGGGGGCACUCUUUGAAAGGACUACUGUAGGUGGUUGCCAGAGGUUGUGGGGAAGAGGGGCAGUGGGCAGCGGCUCUCUAAUGGGGAUGAGAGUUUCAGUUUUGCGAGAUGAAAAGGUUCUGGAGAUCUGUUACAGAACAGUGUGAGUGUACUUAACACGACCGAACCGCACACUUAAAAAUGCUCAAGGUGCUAACGUUUAUGAUAGGUGCUUUUUGCCACAACUUUAAAAAAAUAUUGCAAAAAGAGAGAAAAGACUUAUAAUAUGGGCAAGGGGCCUAUUGUAAAACAUAAAACACAUUGACCACAAGAUCUGCAAGCAUCUCAAAGAUCAGGUGGAAAAUGGCCUUUUCUUUUCUACAGGGGAGUAAACAAGGCCAGAAGGAACUGGGUGUUGGCUGUGGGGUGAACGGGUUGAUGGCUGGACCACUGCUCAGGGAAGGUCUUUCUUCGUGGUCAGCUUGUUUUGGGGGGAGAAGUGCUAUUCUGAAUUCCGAUACUGGCUCAGGUUGAAGGUGGCUCAAAAGUCAGGGGCCUGUCUGGAAAAGCCCAAGUUGAGUUUGGUCAAGACAGCUAGUGGGUAUCUUGUCCAGAUUGGUCAGUGGGGACAGACAGUUCAGGUUAUGACACAGAGACUGGAAACUGGAGAGUGUGUGUCUGGCUUGUCCUCAGUAAACAAGGGAGCCUCCAGUGUCGUCUAAGUCGUUUGAGGAAGGGUCGUUCUCGGCAGUGAGGCUUUUCCUGGAACAUGGAGAGCAGGGAGCCUGGUGCAGGGCUGCUUUCCAGGAGCACAGGACUCAGGUGCUGUUCAACAUCAUCAGCCCCCUGCAGCCGCUCUCCCUCUCUCCCUCAGUCCUCACCCUGCCAGCGAGUUUCUGAGUUGUGAGGGGUUUUUUUGUUUUUUUUUUUCUUUUUUCGGUACGCGGGCCUCUCACUGUUGUGGCCUCUCCCAUUGCGGAGCACAGGCUCCGGACGCGCAGGCUCAGCGGCCAUGGCUCACGGGCCCAGCCGCCCCGCGGCAUGUGGGAUCUUCCCGGACCGGGGCACGAACCCGUGUCCCCUGCAUCGGCGGGCGGACUCUCAACCACUGCGCCACCAGGGAAGCCCCUGAUGCUGAUUUCUUAACUUUGACAACUAGAAAGACAAUGAAUGUUAAAAUUGUGAAUAUUUUUAAUAAAAAUACUUAAGAUAUAAUAAAAUAAAAAAAAUAAGGCCCGGUACCUGCUCCACUGCCUCUCACCCAUCUAUUCAGCUGGUGUAUUACUCUCUCUUUAUAACAAUGGCCUCCACGGAAAAACACUCACUGUGCGAGGUUUGCAGUGAGAUGUUCUGGCCUCCCUACCGCCAGCAGUUAGUUGAAAAAAAGUUUAAUUUGGAAAAAGAAUAGUUACCAGGCCUGAGCCAGGGUGAAAGGCAGCUGGAUCCUUAAGAAUGGGGCAAUUCGACAAGCAUUGUUCCCUUCAAGUUUGUAUCUUUUUAUAUUCCAAUAACUUUUGUGUGAUCCUCGGUUUUCUUUUAACACUUCAGUCAGACACAGAGUCAGUGUUUAAUAUAAUUUACGUCUGAAGACAGGCCGUUCCUGGUCUGAACAAUAUGAUGUCAGUGCUUGGGGGAGGGGAAGCAUAGACUUGAAUUUUUUGGAAAUAAGGCUUUUCAAAAGGGAAGACCCACUGUAAAUCAGUAGCCAGGUCACAGCUGCACUUCCACUCUUCGGACUUAAAUUCUACAGUUUCCCUCGUAUGUAUGAUGCUGUCCCAAGACCCACUCCGCCUCCUCACAACUGAGCACACACAUACGUACACGUUGCCAGGAACGGUUUUGGAAUCAUUAAGGGAAGGAGGUAAACACACGCUCCCAGGUAAACAAGCCUCAACAAAUUGCUCACGUGCAUUUGAAAAUCAUUUGUUUAUAUAUUUGAAAAACGGAGGAAGUCAAAGUGAACAAGGCAAAAACGCACAGUUUGAGAAGAUAUUCAAAUAGCCAUGGAAAAGAAUUACUCAGCGAAACAAAGGAAAGUAUGACAUUACAGGAGUCCUGACGUUUUUCAAGAGAGUAAAGAGGUUUUGGUUAGUUGAUUGUUGAACCCUGAGGGCCUUUGACGUAAGAGUCUGUUGAUCGUGGAGGGGCCCAGCCCCUCCUCAUGGGUUAUUUGCGCCUGUGUGGGCCUGAGGGUAUUUUUGUCAUAAUUUAUCCCACCUGUGUCUGUCACUUCCUCCCCACUCUCCUCCCGUGACAGCCUGGCUCAGGUUUCUCGGGAAAGUGCUAAGCCAGUUAUUAAUAACAGCCCAGUGAGCCUCGCAAGCCACCCAGGAGCAGAUGGUGUUUGUCACAAAAGAGAGAGAUCAUCUCCUUGACUUUGGACUUCGCUUAUCAAACCCCUGAACAGAACCAAGGUUGCUAAGAGACCACCUGUGCUGAAUGCACUUUGUUCUAGCAAGAGCAGCUGGAGAGAAAACCCAGGAGCAGCAUUACCAACCACUACCCGGGAUUAAGUCAGGGAGCAGGAGCUCUUGGAUAUGACCUGUAAACACUGGAUGUUAAUUUCUACUACUAACCCCACAAGUCUGGAAGAUGAAAUUGUGGGAAGACUUCUAAAAAUUCUGUUUUUUAUCUUUGUUGACUUCCUGUCUAUUAUAUAUGUUGUUAUAACUUCUUAGAAAGUUGACUUCCCUUACUUUACAUGUGAAUUUCAUAUUGAAUUACAGUGAAUAAAAUUUUGUAAUUUAGUA